AUGACCGUAGCAGCCUCUGAGAUUCGGAACAUUUCCGCAUGGCGCUUGAAUAAGGCUGAAAUGAACGAGCUCGCUGAAAGGGUUAAGAAAGGAGAGGAAGAAGCGGUGGUGAAGAAGGAGCUUCAGACCAAGAAGGCUGUGGCCUGCGAAGAGCGUAAGAAGUCUGCUGCGGCGAUUUCUGCCAAGCCUGGAUCCACGGGUCCCAAGGCAAGCAAAAAGACUUCGUCGUCGGCUGCAACUCAGUCAGCCACGGCUGCAGCUGCGACUCCAGACCCAACGAAUGCUGGCUACUAUGCUCUGGUAGAGGCGGACCUCCAGACAAUUUUGCAGGAGUUCCCAGGCAUUGACCAGGAAAUGCCUUUGCCGCUCUCCAAGUCUGAGUUGGACGGAUCCAAGACUGGGGUUCAAGAGCCAUUUGACUUGGAGUCGAUCCUGGCGUCGCCCACGCCGGGAAUUCCGAUGAGCCGGAGGAGAGUUCUCGACAUGGGAGAGUUUUACUUCCCGAACGGAAAACCAGCUUUCAUGACAGGCCGUAUGGUGGAGCUUCUGGCCGACAAGUCGGCUCUGAGCGCCAAACCCCAGAACCUUCAGAUGCUGUCGCCAGAAGAGAUUGUGCAUUCGCUGGUGGCUUCCUGCGCUCACGCUGUUCGGCGCAAGGAUGAGCUCUCCGAGGAUCAAUGGAAGGAAUGGAAAGCACAGUGGCGUGCUGUGUUGCUGAGCGUGCCGGCUUCUUUUGUGGAGACACAGGACCCUUUGCAAGGCCACAAUGUGUGGGUCGAGGCAUUCAAUCGGAGACAAGCGGUGAAGCAAGAGCAUGAGUCCAUGAGCAGGACAGCAAUGCAGAUUGCUGUGGAAAUUGACCAGUUCAAGACUAUGUGCGAAAGUUUGCCCAGCUGUAAAUCAAAAUUGCAGCCGGCGCAGCUGGUACAGGAGCUUCACACACUUGGCCUGCUGUCCGUGCAGGGCGGCCGCAAGGAGGAUGACAGCGAUGGCAAAAUCACCGUCAACUUGGUGACGCAAGCUCUGGCCGUCAAAAAGGGCAUUCUCAGCUCAGCGCGGGCAGUUGAACUUUUGCUGGAGCUGGAACAGUUAUACGGGACGCGUUCUCCCUUCCACCAGAUGAGUCGGCUUCACGUUCUUUCGACCAAGCCAAGCACAAAUCAGAUGCGAGACUGGGUGCUGGAGAGCUUGCAUGAUGGCCUGGCCUACGUCUUGGACCACUUCUUCGAAGUGCUGCUUCCGAAGAGCGGUAUGGCAGAGGGUGACAGGGCUUUGCUGAAGGAGAAGCUGUCUGCCCAUGAGGUGUACCGGCAACAUUCAGGCGACGGGGAUUGUACCUGGAUGGCGCGGCUUAAGAAGUCCGGCAUUGACUGCUUUCACUUGCUGGAGGACCUGACUUACACCAAGAAGUAUGACAACGGCCUGCGACAAGCCACGAGGUCCGGGGGAGCUCCAGAGGCAGUUCUGGAGCACGAACAGGUGAAAGAACAGGUGAACCAGUUCCUCGCCACCUUGAAGGACGAAGAAGUUGAAGUAAAAGCUUUGGCUGCAGGGGCAGCCGCAAACGCUGCAGACCCGGACCAUGCAGAGGACGAGCUUCAAGAGGUGCGAAAGCCGCCCAGCCAACACUCUGAAGGGUCUGAGAAAUAUUGGAAGGCGGUUGGCAACCAAACUGUUCGCACUUAUUGCUCUCUCCAUGUGCAGCCUAAGACCUUGGACGGCAUCAUCAGUUUGGUGAGCCAAAGUGGUUUGAAAGACUUCCAAGGAGAGGGAGGUGUCAGCUGCGUUCUGACUCAUCUUGACUUAGACGCGCUGGGAGAAUCCAUGGGCCCAGGUCAGAGACCACUUCUCCGAAAGCGCUUUGUUCCCGACCAGUCCGCCCUCAGAAUCUUGUUGCAUGGUUCGAUGAUUGCAAGAAACGGCCAGCGCAAAGGGGACGAGUGCAUGGUUCCGUCAGAGGGUGAACUGGUUUUCGUGCACUGUGGCAUGGAACGUUCCAGCAAAGAAGCAGAAGCCUUGUUCCGACCGGCUGCGGCCAGAAAGGAUCAAGCCAUCGAAGCGGAAAUGAAAGACAUUCUCCUGAUCUUUUCUGACACCUCCAUUCGGGACCGCAAGCAAAGGGUUCGAGGAGCUUACACCUCCAGGUCCACCGCUUGUCUCUUCUCCGGAGCUCCAGUGUCAACCAUGGUCCCGGAGAAGCCAUACACUGACUUCUCAGGGCACAACUUUGGAGAUGUCUUUGGCACCAUUUCCGCCAUGCAGGCAGCGGACCUUUGGCAUCUGACAAGGAAAGAAAAGGAGGAGGUGCUCACCACAGGCAGGUGCGUGUCGCCGACUGACGCCGCUAUGAACAAAGCCAAGGAGGCCUCCAGCGAAAGCGUCUUCAGUGCAGCUUUGUUGCCCUGCUCUUUCUACAGAAGUUUUCUCAAAGCCCACUCUGUGAAAGCUGUGUUGGACCUCAGCACUUCUCAGGGAGAGUUGGCAAAGGCCUGUGUGGCCGAGCGUGUCAGCUACCUCGGGCUGACGCUGUCUGACUCACAUUCCACUCAGGUGGAAAUGAUUCUGACCAACUUUGUCGUCACUCUGAUGCAGACAGAGGGCUCCACUUUCUACCGCUCAGAUACCGUGGCCCAAGGAAAGCAGCAAGAGCAGGUCACCAAGGGGAGCAAGCGCAAAAACGAAAAUUCCAAAGAAGAACGCCCCAAGGCCAAGGCCAAGGGGAAGAAAAACAAGGAAGAGCAGACCAAAGACGACGACAAAGCUACGGCGCCUGACGCAGGAGACGACGACAACGCUGAGGUGCUCUGGCUCAAGUCAACUGAGAGUAUCACUGUUGCUGCGACCCCGCUGAUGACCACUGAACGUUCUCGUCGUGGCGACCGCCGUGACCGUUGUCGCCGAAAAGACGAGGAGAAACGAGAUCGAAGCCGUGACAGACGGGAAAAAAAGAAACGCCGUAGCCGAGACAAAGGGCAGCGCAGGGAGACCAACACGUCUCACGGCAGCAAGCCUCUCCUAGUCCCAGCUGAAGCUGCUCCGGCUCCGGCUCCGUCUGCGGACGCUGCAGCUCCUACGACGAGAGAAGAGGCGUCGCACGACGACGAAGAAGGUGAGGAAGAGUCGGUUCUUGCUGAGGACCCACCCGUAAAGCCACCUGCAAAGCGCGCCGCGCCAGAGUCCCCGACCAGGGAAGCUGCCAAGGCAGCCCGUCCAGGUCCAGCCCAGGCUGAGGCUGUGGCGCGUCGCGACGAAGGUGACCAGCCGCCUCACCAAGGUGAGACGGAGAAGCGUGACCAAGGUCACAAACCUGAUUCUGAUGAGGAGCACAAAUCUCAGCAAGCUGGGUGGGAUGACAAGCGUCUCCAAGGCUGGAACGACGACAAGAUUCGUCGGUAUGACUGCAGCAUCUGCGGCCGCAAGGUCGGAGGUGGAGUUGCCGGCUCGUGGCAACAUCGCCGGUCAGCUCACCAUUUGGCUUCUUAUGUCUACUGGAACAACAAAGAGACCCUUCCUUGGAAGAAUUGUCUCCAGGAAGGGCAACGCUGGAGCAGGCACCUCUGGGCGACGAACCAAACAGGUCCGGAGGAUGACGCAUUGCCCAACAAGCCUAAGAAAAAGCAAAGGUCUCCAGUUCCAGUGAGAUGCGACCCGGAACGUUCCCGCCGUGACAAAGACCACCAAGACCCUGACCCGGACACAGGUCUACAGACCCAAGUCUAUGGACUGAGUCUACGGACUCCUGCUCCGAUGUCUACGGACAUUAAUAAUGAAGUCUACGGACUUCUUGCACGUGAGUCUACGGACUCGAGUCUACGGACUCAAUGCAGUCUACGGACUCAUGCCAUGGCGACCAAUACGAGCGACAAGAAGAAGAAAGCCAAGGAUACCCGCGAGCGUGGUCGCAGCCGUGACCGCAGACGCCGCUCCCGCUCUCGUGGCAACGACAAUCAACCAGUCACAGUCCGACUGCUCGCCGCCGCCUCGGCUGCUGAGAGAGCUGCGGAUGACAAACCACCUGCAGCAGCUGUGGCUGAGGCUGAGGCGGACGAAGACGAGGAGUCAGAAGAAGAGGAGACGGGAGAGGAAGACCAGGAGGUUCCUGACCCUCCGGUUCCUGCCCCGGCCACGGCCACAGAACCUGGUGACCGUGCUUUUGCAGCACCUGCAGCUGAGGCUGCGAAGGCCAGUGGAGCAGAAGGAGAAGCUCCAGGUGAGGACGGUCGACGAAAGCCUCGCAAGUCCAAGGACAAGUCUGACCAUGACCUUGAUCCCAGUCGAACUGAAACUCCUGCCCUAAGAUCCCAACGUCCUCCUGAACCGGUGAAUGGUCCAAGGACCGCAACCGUGGUUGACAGUUCUCCGGAAAAAGACGACCGGAAGCACGGCAAGUACGACUGCCGCAUUUGCGGCCGAACGGUGGGAGGCGGUGAAGCUGGGUCAUUCCAGCACCGGCGCUCUGCAUAUCACCUAGCAAGCUGGGUGUAUUGGCAGAACCAAGAAGCGCGGGCAUGGAAAGACUGUCUGACGGAGGGACACCAGUGGAGUAAGACCUUGUGGGCGAAAAAUUCCACAGGUCCGUCCGAUGAGGAUUUCGAUCCAAAGACCAAGAAGCAGAAGGCACCUCCGCCCAUCCGUUCCGACCCUGACAUGAAGCGCAGGGACCAAGGUCCGGGGCCGGGACGUGAUGGCAGCGGCGGAGGGCCGGAUUCUGCAACGACAAGUGGCUCGUCUAAGGACAAGCCGCUCUUGCUGCAGAUGUGGCAAGCGACCCUCCGUGAACUGAAGUAG